GAGGCUACCUAUCUUGCUCCUCGUCAGGCAAACAGAGCCAAGGCAGAAUUGUUAGCGUGCAGCAGCUUGCAGUCAUUCAUUCAGCGUCUGUGCUCGAUUGCACACUGUGUUCCUGUGGCUGGAUAGAGCACCGAUUGGGCCACGAUGUAUUUCUGCAGAACGGCCUGGCAAAAACUGAGGCCUUUGGCUCGGAAGUCAGCCACACAUUUAUAUAGAAAUGUGGGACCGGUCCGGACCAUGUCCUCAGGCGUUCCCGGUGGCUCAGGAGACAACAUCAUCUACUUCCUUCUCUGCGGAGGAUCUUUUGCUGCAUCAGUCUUCUAUGUUUACAAGACUGUGAAUUCUGACCAAGCAAGGUUUCAUGACAGACUGUCCGAGAUCAGUGCCAGGCCCAAGGUAGAAUGGGAACCCAAACCAUGGCCGCCUAAAGGUUCAGAGGAAGAGGAAGAAGAAGAGGAGGCAGCAGAAGAGGCAGAGGAGGUCGAGGAGGCGGCAGAGGAGGCCGAAGAGGCGGCCGAGGAGGCGGGAGAGGAGGGCGGAGAGGCGGCAGAGGAGGCCGCAGAGGUAGCAGAGGAGCCCGCAGAAACCGAAGAGGCGGUGGAAGCUGAAGUAGUCGAGGCAAGUGUGGAGGAGGCUGUCGAGGAACCUGCGGCUACUGAGGAACCUGUGGCUGUCGAGGAACCUGCGGCUGUCGAAGAACCUGCGGCUGUCGAGGAACCUGCGGCUGUCGAAGAACCUGCGGCUGUCGAAGAACCUGCGGCUGUCGAAGAACCUGCGGCUGUCGAAGAACCUGCGGCUGUCGAAGAGCCUGCGGCUGUCGAAGAGCUCGCUGUAGCUGAAGUGGCCGCGGAAGUUCCGGUCGCCGCGGAGCCCUCCGAGCCCACGGCAACAGAGACAGUGGUAGAGGCGGUGGCCGAGGCGGUUGCCGAGACCGCCGAAGCCGUCGCCGAGGUGGCCGAGGCGCUCGCCGGGGCGGCCGAGGAAGUGACUGAGGUGGCCGAAGCGGUAGCCGAGGCGGCGGAGGCGGUGGAGGCGGCGGCCGAGGCGGUGGCGGAGGGAGGCGCGGCGGAGACGCUGGAGGCUGCGCUGGCCGAAGCCAUGGAGGAGCCGGCCGCCGAGAGCAACGCGACAGACCUGCUCAGUGCUGUGAACGUGGCGUCGGUGUCCGCUGCGGAGACCGGAGAGAUCGCUGCUGCUUCUGUGACAGAUGUGAGCGCUGCGGUCUUAGCGGUGACCCCGGAGGUGUCGGAGGAGGUCGCAGAAAUCCCAGUGGCUGCUGUGGAGGCGGUGGCCGAAGAGAAGGCGGCCGAGGUCGCAGCAGAGCCUGCCGUAGUGGAGGAAGAAAAGCCGGUUGAGGUGGCAGUGGAGGCAGAGCUCGCAGCGGUGCCCCUGGUGACUGAAGAAGAGAAACCAGCCGAGGUAGUAGAGGAGGUCGCAGCAGUGUCCCCUGUGAUAGAAGCAGUGUCAGAAGUAGCAGUCCCCCCAGUGGAGGAACCACCAGCAGCACCACUGGCAGCGGAAUCACCAGCAGCAGUUGCAGUGUUGGAAACAGUGGUAGCACCUUCAGAGAGUGCAGAACCGGAGGUUACACAGACGCCAGUGGAGGUAGCAAAGGAGGUCCAAGAAGGUCCAGUCAUUGAAGCAAGUCCAGUUGUUGAAGCAGAGGCAAGUCCAGUUGUUGAGGUAACCGAAAUUCCAGCAGUGGAGGCAUCUCCUGAAACGGUGGCAGAGGUGAUUGCUCCACCCGAGGUCACAGCGCCCCCAGCAGAAGUGGAGGUCCCGGUGCAAGUGGCGGAGCCUCCCUCCCCAGUAGCCGUUCCUGCGAAGGAAUAUAUUGUGGUUGUACUGGAAGGUGCACCAAAAACACCUAAAACGCCAAAGGUCCUGGCGAUGACCCCUAUCACUGGAAGCAUCCCUGCCCCACCUGAUGAUGAUGAUGAAACCACCCCUGCACCAGAGGUAAAAGAAGAGGAGACGUCUACUAAGAGUGCAGAUGCUGUAGCUACAGCUGAAAGUACAGAUUAGGAGCCCCAUGCUGGUGAAAAUCAGAGAAGAGAUAGAGUAUGUGCCUUCCUGCCCCGCCCCCUGCCGUCCCACUACCCUUUGGGCCUCAGAGUUCACUAUGAAAAUAAUGCCUGCUUUAUGGACACACGGUCUCUGAUUUUUGUACGCUAUACUCAUCUCUAGCAAAGAUAAGCUCUCAUCCUGCACAAACCACAGGCUUGGUCUACCUUUGAUGCCCUGGACCUUCAUUGGAACACUCAUCCAGUGCAUCCCUCACUGACGGCCAUGACACAUGCUGCUGCAAAUAGCGCUUACAACGUAUUUCCUGCACCAAUACGGUUCAUUUUUCUAACUUAUAAUAACUGAGAAUCCAGUUUUUGACUUGGCUGUAUUUGCCCAUCUCUAUAUGGGUGAGUCAUAUUAUUCCAGUGGAACAGUAGAUACAGUUCUUUUACUAUGUUGGUCCUCAACGUGUGCAUGUUUCCUGACUCUUGUUCUUGUUAAAUUUGGAGGCAUAUUUCACAGCCGAACAUGGUAUAUUUAUCUCAGAAAACACAGAUACGACUGGUUUUCAUAAACUAAAUAUAUUUUUGGGCAUGAGUUGGGAAAACAUGUUCAUCACUUCACUACCUCAAUUUUCUAUGGUUGAUAAUUCUUCAUAGAAUAUUUCAAUGCAACCGCAGUGCAGUACUUUUUUACUUUUCUUACUGACAACUGUUAAACACAAGCACAUAAACAAAAAAUUAGGUCAGGUGAUGAUUUAGAGGCUUAUCUUUGUUAAACAAAAUACAAAAUAAACACUUCCAUGGUCCUCAUGUUCAGGAAUUCAUGAGGAUUCUCUCCUAAGCACAGGUAUUUUUAUCCUUGGUCCUACCUCAUUAUAAGUGACAUUUGAAGUAUUUCAUAAGGCAGACAUUACUUUUUUACCUGUCCAAUUUGUCCUACCUAAUGUUGAACUGUGCCGUAUUCCACCAUCUAGCAAUAUUUAUUUUCUUUUUCCACUGUAACCCUGGCAACCAUGACUGGAGAAUCUUAACUGUUCCAUUAGCCACUGUGUACUGACAUUUUAUACUGUCUUCCCAAAUGCGUUACUUCAAGUUCACAUUCCAGUUAAGAUGCAUGUUAUGUAACUGUACAAUAAAGUACUGAUGAUUAUUUUCAGAGAGAAGCCCCAGGGCCCUUUGACAGCCAUUCAGUGUUGAGUGUCGAAAAUGGGCAACUAAAUAUUCUCUAUGUGGUUUUGUGAAGAGUUAUGGUUGGUUUAUAAAUAAGGUAGAGUGGUUGCUGAAUUUAUGGUGUCAUUUUCUCCUGUUUUGUUCAAAUGUAUGAUUACUUUAAAUGGGGAAUGAGCUUGUUAAUACUGUUGGGUUUUGAAUCAAUCUCAAAAAUUGUAACAUCAGUGGGCUCCCAACACAAGUAAAGGCGAUGUGUUGUUGCAAAAAGGUGGGAAAAACACCUAUUUCAAAAUAUGGGUUAGUUUUUGAACGCAUGAGGAAGUCAUGAGAAAGAACAGUGGAUAUGCUUCAUUAUGACUUCAUGAGAAAUGCAGUAAUUCCUGAAAGAUGAAGUAAGCUUUGCAAGUCUAAUGUAAUAUGUUUUUCCUCUACAACAUGCAUAUUAGAAGAGUGGCCCUUCCUUUUGCAGACUUGUAAGGAAGUGAAAUAAGCACACAGUGGAGUAGAUUGCUUGUACUUUCUGCAUAAUUGUGUUCAGAGCUUCUGUAAACAGAAUUCAGUUUUCCCUAGUCACCCUAAAGUUUUCCGAAGGGAACUGGGGUAGUGCAGUGUUUCACUCUGUAAUAGCAGUUCAAUAUAAAAGGCCAGGUGGCUACAAGCUGUGAAUGUAGACGUGUUGUCUGAAAAAUAAAAAAGGGACUCAAAA